AGUAGCAAACAACCUCUAACGCAGAACGGACGGUCGCUCCGUCUUUCAUUUAUCAGUUAUCGACUAACGUUAUAAUAAAAAAACUUCAUCGAUACGUGAAAUAUAGGUGACUCAAGGUAUCAAUAAUGUGCGGCAUUUGGGCAACUUUUGGUGUGGAUGGUGGUUUAAGCGCUACCUGCAUCAAAUGUUUUUCGAGCAUAGUCCACCGUGGUCCUGAUGCAUGGCGUAUAGAGCAAGAUGCGAGGGAACCCCUUGCAAUCUUCGGCUUCCAAAGGCUUACCAUUGUGGACUCUCUACACGGCAUGCAGCCUAUGCGCCUCCACGCAUUUCCCCGCACCACACUUAUAUGUAAUGGUGAAAUAUACAACUGUAAACGCCUACAAAAACAACACGACUUUCCAUACGAAACCAAGUGCGAUGUAGAAGCAAUCAUUCAUUCCUAUCAUAAAUUUGGAAUCGCAGACACUGUGAAGAACCUCGACGGCGUGUUUGCAUUCUGUCUGGUAGAUGGGGAAAAAAGAAAGAUUUAUAUCGCUAGAGAUCCGUAUGGCGUCCGACCCCUUUUCAAACUUCAUGAUUUAGAUAACGAUGUUUUAGCAAUUUGCUCCGAAGCAAAGGGUCUUAUCGGAUUAAAGCAAAAGGCUAGCAAGAAGUCCACAUUAGGACAAUUUCCACCUGGCCAUUUCGAAGUUUGGUCUAUGUUGGAUAGCGGUAAAGUACAAUUAGAUUACACCGAACAAUAUUACAAACCUGGAUUGGCUCCGCGUUUUGUGCCUUUUGUGCCAGAAGAAGAGCUUGAGAAGCUAAAUGUUUAUGAAAAGACCGCUUAUUUAUUGGAAGCAGCAUGUAAAAAACGAUUAAUGGCUGAUAGAAGAAUCGGUUGCCUACUAAGCGGUGGUUUAGACUCCUCACUCGUAACAGCAUUGGUUGUUAAACUUGCUAAGGAAAUUAAACUCCCUUAUAAAAUCCAAACGUUCGCAAUAGGUAUGGGAGAUUCACCUGAUCUAGUAGCAGCAAGAACCGUAGCAGAAUAUCUUGGUACGGAGCAUCAUGAAAUUCAAUUUGAUGAGAAAGACGUUAAAGAUGCAUUAGACAACGUUAUUUAUCACUUGGAAUCUUUUGAUAUAACAACAAUUCGCGCUAGUCUUCCUAUGUAUCUGUUGUCGAAGUACAUCAAAAACAAUACUGACACUACAGUAAUAUUCAGCGGUGAGGGUGCCGACGAGGUGGCGCAAGGCUACAUCUAUUUUAGAGAUGCCCCUUCACCAGCUGCAGGUCACGAGGAAAGCGUACGUUUACUAUCAGAUAUUUAUUUGUACGAUGGGUUACGUGCUGAUCGAACUGUGAGUGCGUUUAGCUUAGAACUUCGUGUUCCAUUUCUAGAUAUACAAUUUACACACCAUUACUUAAGUUUAGACCCAAAACUUCGCCAACCACAGGACGGAGUGGAGAAACAUUUAUUGAGAAGCAGUUUUGAUAAAAGUGGUUUGCUACCAGAUUCAAUAUUAUGGAGACACAAAGAGGCUUUCAGUGAUGGAGUGGCGUCAAUUAAAAAAUCCCUGUUCACCAUAAUAGCUGAAAUAAUAGAAGAAAGAUAUAAAGAUGAAAACGACAAUUUCGAAGGAGUUAUACCCAAAACAACAGAGUCUAGAUAUUAUCGCACAGUUUUUGAAAAGUCCUUCCCUGGACAACAUAACUUUACACCCUACUAUUGGAUGCCUAAAUGGGUGCAGGUUUCGGACCCAUCCGCAAGAUUCAUUAAGCACUAUGCAGCGAAAUGAUAAAUAAAACAAUAUAUUGAUC